ACGUGGGCGUCCCGCAGAGCUCAGCUCUCGGCCCUUUCCGAUUCUGCGCAGUUGAGCCUGACCCGCCUCGGAUGAGCUUUUGAGAGUUGUGCGGAAAAACCGAUGAAGUCCAGAAAACUUGUAAUAAAGUAGCGAUCUGAGCAACGAUGAGUGGAUCUGUUGUCGACAACACCGUGUCAUCGGGGAAUUCUUCGGCUGCGAUUCCGACAGACAUCAGCGGGCAAAUAUUAGAUCUAGACGAAGACGAUGACUUGGAAGUUUUCAGUAAGGAUACGACUCUAACAGAUGGCAGCUCUUUAAACGCCUCCAUGCAGACCUCCUCUGCUUCAAUGAUCAACCAGUACAAGUUUGAGGAAGAAGAGGAAGAUGCUGACACCAAAGAUAUUUUUGUCACAGUCGAUAACCCAGAGAGUCACGUAACAGCUAUUGAGACAUACAUAACCUACCGGGUUGAAACUAAGACCACACGGAGCGAGUUCGACUCGAGUGAGUUUGAGGUGCGUAGACGAUACCAGGACUUCCUGUGGUUAAAGGGACGUCUGGAAGAAGCUCAUCCCACACUCAUUGUUCAUCCGCUGCCGGAGAAGUUUGUGAUGAAAGGAAUGGUGGAGAGGUUUAACGAAGAUUUCAUUGAGACGAGGAGAAGUGCACUGCACAAGUUUCUGAACAAAAUAGCAGAACAUCCCAUUUUCUCCAGCAGUGAAGAUUUUAAGAUCUUUCUCACAGCAGGAUCUGGGGAGUUGACCUCUCAUAAGAAACAAGGUCCAGGGUUUCUGAGCCGGAUGGGGGAGACGGUGAAAGCCGUGGCUGCUGCAGUAAGAGGGGUCAGAAGCCGGCCUCAAGAGUUCACCGACAUGCAGGAGUAUGUGGAGGCCUUCAGUCAGAAGAUCAGCUCAAUUGAUAAAGUUACUCAAAGGAUCGUCAGAGAGCAGAAAGAGUACUUGGAGGAGCUGAAGGAGUGUGGGCCGACAUACGCGCUGUGGUCACAAUCAGAGGAGGAGCUGGCCGAGCCCCUGAAGAACGUGGCAGGCUGUGUGGACAAAUGCUGCAAGGAGACAGAUGAGCAGGUCAAACAUCUCAAUGAUCACCUGAUUCCGGUCCUUCAUGAGUACGUCCUCUGCGCCGACACACUCAAGGCAGUACUAAGGAGGCGAGACAACAUCCAGGCAGAUUUCGAAGCGAAAACUGAAGCUCUUGCCACGAAGAAGGCCGAUAGGGACGCGGACUCUAAGGUGCUGAGUUUAGCAUGGGGCAGCUUGGUGGGACGAUCCCCCGAGGAGGUCAAACAACAGAAACAGCAGAAACUUAAGGGCGAGAUUAAGGAGAUGAGAGAUGAGCUGGAUAAGACGGAGGACCGGCUGGAGUGGGCGAAUAAUGCACUCAAGAGCGACUGGACCCGCUGGCAAAAGGGCAUGAGAACUGACCUACGAUCAGCCUUCAUCGACACAGCAGAGAGGAACGUCAGCUACUAUGAAAAGUGUUUGGCUGUAUGGGAGUCAUUCUUGCAGUCUCAAAGGACCGAUGCUGAAGGAAAUGGAAAUGUUGACUUUUCCUAAUCUCUCAAGGUGCUUUUAGCUGAACGGGACCACCAAAGACGCUUUUAUUCCUGCAGAAACCAAUAAUAUUCAUAUUUAGAGACUGAGGCACCAAAGAGAGGGACAGUCGCUCUGUACAAACAUCUCCCAGCAUUCACCAGCUCACCCAGAGAGAUUGCAAUGACAUUUCUCUGUCUGUACGUUUGGCCCACAUUUAAAUUUAUUUUUUAUUUUUUGAUAAUGGAGGAAAAUUAUAUUGCCAAAUCUUUUAUACUGAAAACUAUUUUUCUUUUUCGUUUAUAUAAAUGCAACAUGAGAUGGGAAAAAAAAAUGUUAUGCAAUUCUCUGGAAAAUGAAGAUGCACACUUGGCUUUAUUGUUCAAUGCAAAUGCUGUUUACCUCUUAUCAGAGCUGCAAAAAACAUUUGAUUAGUGUAGAAAUAAAUAUAAAUGCAUUUGUUGCAUUGGACUUAAGUUAUCGUUGUGCUAUUCCAUUCAGGUUACUGAAGCUGCAUCUUUAUGCAAACAUCAUAUAUUGAAGAAGAUGCUGAAAUUCCAGAAUUGUUUACAUGUUAUUGAAGUGCAGAAAUCAAAAGAAUUUACCUGUUGCCUUUGAAUAUGAAACACAUUGUUUUAGAUACUUCAAUAUGAUUUUGAAUGCGGUGCACUAAUAUCAUAAAAGUGUAAUAAAUUGCAGACUGAUUUAAAAGUACUCUUUUACAGAUCAUAAGUGAAUUUAAUGUCAUGGAACUAUCUACGUAUUCUUGGAAUAGUUAUAAAGAAAAUUGUUAUUGAAAAGUUGAUUGAAAGAAGUCUUGUGGUGUGUGUUUUUAUUCUCUCUCUCUCUCUCGAGGGAAAAUAAGCAAAUAGUUCGGUAUGCUGGAUCCUAAACUGGGUUA